UCGACACACAACUAUUCCGGGAACCAUGGCUGCCCGGGCGGGAGAGGUUUAUUAAUAGCUUCACCUGAAGUAAACAGAACACUUUGGAUAUUGCGUCCGCUGUGAAGGUCAAUCAUGUUACGGACAAUGUACUUGCUGUGACUUUGCUUCAAGGUCGAAUUGUCGUCUGCUUCAAAACCGGUAGGUGCCAGGAUUCUUGAACGUAAUAUCGAGUUAUCGAUGAAGACAGGCAGAAUUUGCCGAGAAUAACAUUCAUUAAUAUCAUCACGCAAACUCUCGUACUCGUGUCAGCUGAUCACUUGUUUUUAUCGGGAAGUGGGUCAAGCUCAGCACCAGUGUGCAGUGUAAGGAGUUACGUGAGGAGUUACCUCUACCCCCCCAGCUGCGACUUAUUCGGGAAGAAAGGUUUUGACGUCACCCUUUCUGUGAAGCGCGAGUUACUUGUCUGACCGAACCGACAACACAUCACCUCGUUCGUAUUCGUCGUGUUUUGGACUAAACCACAGCCACAGAGAUGGAAGAGCAGCCUCUGCCCUCUGAUCCCCUACUUGUUGAUAAGCCAGGCGAAGAGCCCCUACUUGUUGAUAAGCCAGGCGAAGACCCCCUACUUGUUGAUAAGCCAGGCGAAGACCCCCUACUUGUUAAUAAGCCAGGCAAAGACAAGGUUGAUAGAGAAAUCAAUUACACGUUCACCCUCAUCUUCAGUAUUACCAUUGCUGUGUUUGGAAACUCCUUCCUGUAUGGGUAUCAGAUAGGCGUUGUCAACACACCUUCACACAUAAUUAAAGAUUUUUAUAAUGCCACGUAUUACGAGAGAAGGGGAGGUAACUGGAGCAAUGUACAGGCGUAUGCUUCAUAUCUUGAAGGCCUGAAUAAAACAAUACAUGUAUCAGACAGCAAUGCAUCAACAACCCCAGGUCCAGUCGAAAAAACGCCUGCAGAUUUUGGGGCCGACGAGUCGCUGCUGCUUGAGAAAUGGGAGCUGGAACUACUGUGGUCUUCAACUGUUGCUGCCUUUGUUUUGUUUGGAAUGGUUGGCGCUUUCCUGGCACUUAAAGUUGCUGACACUGUUGGAAGAAAGCGUGGCAUGGUAGUCAUCACAUUUAUCAUGUUCUUGGCUGCGAUUCUCGGUGGAAUAACAGUCAUCGCCAAGUCUCCAGAGUGUCUCAUUUUGUCUCGAGUCUUGGUGGGAUUGCAUUCUGGGUUAAAUAUAACUUUGGUGCCUCUGUAUCUCACAGAGAUAGCGCCAAAGAAAAUCCGUGGAGCUGUUGGUACUUGUCAUCAAUUGGCCAUCACAGUGGGGAUUCUGUUUUCUCAGAUCAUGGGAAUGACUGAACUUUUAGGCACUGUUGACUUGUGGCCCCUAUUGUUUGCCUUCAAUGCUAUUCCCUCCCUUGUCUGUCUCUUUGUAUUACCCUUCUGCCCGGAGAGUCCAAGAUGGAUGCUCAUCGCCAAAGACAGGGUAGAAGAAGCCAAAACAGCCAUGCAGAAGCUGCGAGGUUAUGAUAAUGUAGAAGACGAGAUGGAUGAAAUGAAGUUGGAAGCGAUUAAAGCGAAGAAGUCCGAUAAGGCAAACUUCACCCUGAAGGACCUCCUGACCACCCCGGAACUCAGGAUGCCAACAGUGAUAGCCUGUGUGGGCCAGAUCAGCCAACAGUGGUCUGGCAUCAAUGCUGUGAUGUCAUACUCUGCCUUCAUCUUUGCACAAGCAAAUGUUUCUGCAACAAAUAUCCCAUACGUUAUUGUCGGCACCGGAUUCGUCAAUGUUGUUGCAACCAUCAUCGCUGUUCCUCUGAUGGAGAAGCUAGGACGUCGUCCUCUGUUGCUGUGGCCGAUGUGUGUCAUGGCUGGGUCCUUCGUGCUCAUGACCAUCUUCCUGCAGCUGCAGUUUGACCCUUCAAUGAAGGACAACCAUUCAACGUUUGCUAUGAUCUGCAUCAUUCUCAUGCAUCUGUACAUCGUGGGAUUCGCCCUUGGCCUAGGCCCCAUCCCAUUCACCAUCGUCGCCGAGAUCUUCACACAGGAAUCUCGUGCUGCCGCCAUGAGUCUGUCCGUUGCCUGCAACUGGAUCUGCAACUUCAUCCUCAUGUGGACCUUUCCAUUCCUCAGGGAUGGACUUGAGGCCUACACCUACCUGCUGUUUGUGGUAAUUCUGGUCGCUGCCAUCAUCUUCAUAUUCUUCUUCGUACCUGAGACGAAGAACAAGACAUUUGAAGAAAUUGCAGAAUCCAUCACAUUUGGUGGAAGAGCUCAUGGAAAGAGAGAUGGCUUGAAAAUCAAUGAAGAUGACAGUCUAAUGGGCAACACGAAAGUUUGAGAAUGGGAGAGUAUAGAUCAUUGGACUAUAUAUAGGAUAGUUAGUAUGUCAAACUGUAGGGAGAUAAAAGGAAGAGCAAAUGUGGUUUGGGGAGGGUAAAGGAACAGCUUACAGUUAUGCUGAGAAGAUUGCUGUUUCUUAAAAUGUGAGAAUAUUGCCAGGGGUAGAAGGUUGCUGGUGGGUACAAAUUAAUUUGGUACAUAUAAAUAAGCUAUGUAUAUUUAUUUGUUUGAUUUUUGUUUGAGUGGAAAUAUUUUCAAAAUAUAAUAUUUUCAAAAGGGAGCAUUUUGACAGGAAUCCAACUUGGUUUCUUUGCGUGUUCUAAUGUUGACCCAGCUCUCUGAGAAAGUUUGUGUGUAAAAUUCACAUUAUAUUGUCAUGUGAAGUUCAGAAGGUUGGACCAUGUAAUGUCAUGUCAUGUCAUGCAAUUCACCAGAGCCAUCAGUCACAUCAAAAUGGUUAUAUAUUGCUAGAAAAUGGCAACCAAAAGCAGACAAUACUCAUUGACUGAGUGUUUAGUUUUACUUGUGUACAUUGUCAUGCUCCUCCAUUGCAACAUGUCGCAUUUACAAAUUGCUGUACAUACAACAGUCUUCGAUAGUAUGGGCAUUGACUUUCUGCAGCAACGUCCAUUCAGCUGAUGACCGGGGAAUUAUUAUGAUUGCAUUUUACUGAACCCGGGUCAGGCAUUAUUCAUCAUAGACAAUAUUACAGGGUAUUUAUGGAAGUCAAAAUGUCCUAUCUAUGCGUGUCUACUGUUUGGUCAAGCCAGGUGACAAAGGUUCCCCCUGUCUAAGCCCUUCUGCAAUGAGUGCUUAAACUAGAUGAGAACUGAAACUAGAAGACUUAAUAAGGGACUAGUCUGGGAGCUUGAUGCUUUUGGUUCAGGUGGUGUAUGGGAGAUUUACAUGACAUCUAGACAUUGUACCUCAUACUUGAAUGGGCCAUUACUGGGGAUGCUUGGGUGAGUUGGUACAAGGGCUGUUAGUGACUGUAUAGAUAGUAUCUGUGAAGGGGAGUAGGAAUGUUCUACCUAGGUGCCAAGGUGAACAUCCGACAACUUGGCCUAAAUUUGAUGUCCAUUCUGCUGCUGUUACUGAGCUACGGUCAGGGAGCAGGCAAACCAGAAUAGCCCAUCUGCUGACAUCCAGGAAGGCAGAUGUUUGGAGAAGUGACCAAAAUCACAAGGGCAAGAUGUCACAAAGAUUGUUGUUGCCUAGCUCAAAAACUAAGACCAGGUCACAUGGGCAAGAUAUUCACAAAACUGUGACCGGGGCCCACUUGCACAAAUUGAUCUUAGUGCUAAGAUGAUCAUAACUCCCAUACUUUAACAUAGGCCUACGAUGGUCUUAGCGCUAAGAUUGCAUUGUGCCCAGGUCACUUGGCCAAGAUGUUCACAGUAACAAGACCAGGGUGUUCAUGGAGUUGGUUGUCUGGAUCUAGAUAAGUGAAGGAGAAUCAUGCCAUCACAAAGAACAUUGUCUUCAUCUGGAUAACUAACUGUGAACCAGUCACAAGGGCAGGGUGUUAAACAACGGCGGUCGUCUUCUGUUUGUAAGACUUGUCAACAGUACCAAAGCAUUUAUUUAACUUUACCAAACGGAAGCCCUGAUCACUAUCAGAGCCAUCCUUGUUCAGCGUAUGUACACCCAAGUUUCUACGGGUUACACUCAGAUCCAUGACAGAAAGAACUGGGAUAUGAAACAAGCCGUUAAUUGUCAGUAUAUAGAUCAAAAUAUCCUGCAAUCCAGUCAAUCAUCGGGGGAUAUUUUUUUCACAUCAAACAUGAAAAUCGUUUUCACAUCGUUACUAUUGGGAGUAUUAUGUAUCCAGUAGGCUACUGAAUCUUAGCAACGUCAUAACAUCAACAUGCACUGAUAUGUAUAUUUAUGUUUUUGACCUUACAUGACAGUACUCAACCUUCCUUGGUGUACUGAUAACCUACAUUUUUGAGGGAAUAUAUCAAAUACAUUGCCUAUUCAGAGUAUUGGAUGAUGGAGUUUGUAACCAAGCAUUGUUACUGUUUUCAAAUGUUAUCACUGAAAAGUGUAAGAGCAGCUUUAUUUUUUCUAUUGCCUGUCUGUUUUUGCAGAUUCUAUUGAGUAAAUAUAUUUAUCUCAGAUCACAAAGAAUGUUUAAUCUCAACUUAAUACAUCAGGUAAUUUCUUGAACCUGUUUUCAUUUUGGUGUACCACUGAUCAUGACCUCGUUUUAAACUGAGAGCCUUUUGAAUGAUAUAGACUGGUAUAAGGUUGUAUUUGUGCUGCAUCACCUUCAAGGUGAUUCAAUAUUUCAAAAAAUCAAAAAAUCUAUUGUAGCCACAUGGCAUGUUUUGGAUUGGUCCCUUUCUUUACCAAAGAAGUGAAACGAAGACCAUAUUUGGAAGAUUUCCUAUGUUUAAGAAAUUUGUGAAAUUUACAAAUGCCUAAAAGCUUAUAGCUUGCACUUUAUAAAACUGUCGAGUCACAACUAAUUAACUCAAGACUUCAUCUCCGCAUCAGUUUGUUUUAUUAACAUUCUCUAUACUUUAAAUCAUUUUGGCCAGACAAAUUCUACAUUUUGUUGACCACAUAAUAACAUGCGUCUCUGACGAGUCAGGUUUGAAUAGUGAUCAUUUACAAAGAGAAAAAUUCAGUGUAAAGGCAUAUAUUGUUUUGAGAAUACUUGUUGAUUUUAUUUGUAUUUGUAAAAAAACAUUUCUUUGAAAUAUGAAGCACUGGAAAUUCAUUUUCAGCUAACUUAAUUUUAAUUUGUUGUUUUGUUUUAGAAUGUUGAAAAAGAGCUUAUUGUGAUGGAGAUGUUAGAAGUGUCUCUCGUGUACCAAAUUGUUGUCAUCAAUGUAAAUAAUACAAACAUGACUUUGUUGCAUGUGUAUGCCAUGUGAAACAGUUUUUAAGUCAGAACAUGAAUAAAUAUUAUAAAUAAUAACGUGUGUUUGAACUGAACUUCGGAAGAUAGCAUGUUUCCAUGUGCCUAACCUACAUACUGAGAAUUGAAAAAUGGAAGUACUCUAAAACUUACCUUUACAUAUAUAUUUUCCUUAAAGUAUUGCAAUGUAUGUUAAAACUUUGUUUGGUAAUGUUGAGAUAUUAUCAAAGUGACUCCAAAAGUUAACUUACUUUAUGAUCUCUAUCAAUGUACGACAUGAUGGUGCCUCAUACCAAGUACCCAGCAUACACCAUUUUUAUGGCCUCGACUCCCAUGAUUGAUCACAAUGUACGGGGGCCCAGCCCAUCACACUGAAAAUCUUGUAUACUUUAUCAAGUGAAAAUCUAUCUUCUAGCAUCAUAUCAUAUCAAUUGUUCAAUGAAUGUCGAAAGGUUCAAAUUCCAUUUGACUUUAGAAUCCAUCACCCUUUCUUAGAUUAAACUUAGUUGAAGAUGGAGACUUUUGAUGAGCGAUUUGUAUACUUUAUUGUUGUUGCGAAUUUUUUUAAGGUUUUUACACAGUCAUACUUUUAGCUUACAUCCGCCAAGAGUUCAUCUGUCAAAUUUUGUUCGAAAUAUAUUUUAACCCAGGGAAAAUAAUGGUCUGGCAGGUACACAGACAUGUGGUGAUUUAUAUCAAACAUGUAUACGAGUAAUGAGGGCAUUUAGAUUUCACCUGUUUCAUUACAGCAAUUAUUUAUUGCUAAUUCAUACAAAACUGCUUUUGUGUAACCUGAAGAAGACCUGCUUAUUGUUUCUAUGUAUUGCGUGAGUAUGGUUUUACGCCGCUUUUAGCAAUAUUCCAGCAAUAUCACGGAGGGGCACACCAGAAAUGGGCUUCACACAUUUUACCCAUGUUGGGAAUCGAACCCGGGCCUUUGGCGUGACGAGCGAAAGCUUUAACCCCUAGGCUACUUGACCGCCCCUGUUUGUAUGUAACAACAUUUAUGUGAAUACCUUUCAAAUGAAAGACCGAACAUCAUGCCCUUUUUGCUGCAUUUUGUUGGAAAGCAGUUCCAUUAAUAAGACAGAAAUCCUGUGUAUUGCUAUCAUGUGUCAUGCUGUGUGUUUAAGAUUGAUUAUUUAUUUUAAUUAGUUUGUGAUAAAAAGGUUAUGUGCAGCUAUUGGUAUCAUUAGGGGCACACCUCAAACGUUUGAUUGAAAAUGUCAUAUUGUUAACAACAAAUUUUAGUUUGUAAUUUUUUAUGAGUUUUAUUUCAAGGGUAUCUUUACGUAAUUUACCUUAUUUUAUGGUCAUGUUUUGUGUAUCUCAUUACAUAGACCGAGGCAAUCCGCGAAACAAUCUUUGUAUGGCCUUAAUAUUUAUUGCCUGUUUGGGUAGCAGUAAAUUUCAGAGGCAUGCUGAAUCGUGAUCCAGUGACCUUUAGAAGUAGAUAAUAUUUCUCAUAAUGUUGUGAGCCGCCCCAUGAUUAUCGGAUAUUAGAAUUGGUCUUCAACAACCCAUGCUUGUCCUAAGAGGCGAUUGAUGGGAUUGUUGGUCAGGCUUGCUGACUUGUUUGAUGCAGGUCAUCGUAUCACAAUUGCGUAGAUUGAUGCGCAUGAUGUCAAUCACAGGAUUGUCCGGUCCAGACUUGAUUAAUUACAGACUGCCGUUAUGUACUUGAGUACGGCGUUAAAUCACAAAAUAAGAUAAAGUAAUCCUAAUACUGUAACUUCCUCAUCAUCAAUCAAGAGAUAUGAUUAUUUUGGAUGUUUUAUCAACUUCAAAUAUCUAACUUUGUGAUGUAUUUUCAUGGUGUAGUAGUUGUUCAAUUUCUGGCUACUUCUGGUUAAAUGUUGAAGGAUGUAUAUGUUAAAAUAUUACCUGUAGCUGAAAUGCUACAUAUUAUUGUUCUAGUGUGGCUGUAGUGGACCUAGACUAAAUGUGGCUUGUGUAGCUGCAUACUGUUCAGUGCAGGCCCUUAACAUGGAUGAUUAUGACAAUGUCAUAACACCAGAAUGCUUGUUCAUAUUAUUCCCAAUAAGAUGUAAAUAUACAUAAUAUGGGCCAACUGACCUACCACAGUAGCCCUGAACAUGUGUUUAUAUCUUCAGUGCUAUUGUCCCCCCAACAAAAAAGAAAAAAAAGGAAAAAGGUGUAUGUUGUUGUUUGUAACUCAAAACCUAUUGCUUGUUCAAGGGUCACUUGCACAAAGCGCUCAGCACUACUAUUGUAAAUCUAUGUUAAAGCAUGUGAGUAGCGAUAAGAGCUGUUUGUGCUAGUGGACCAAGGGCCAUGUAUAUGACAGCCUAGAGAUGUGGAUUUUUAACAGUCUUGCCCUUGAUCUUUCUCAUAUGUACCCCAUUUUGUGAGGUUGUUUUGACUGCUUUAUGUAGAUGCAUGGUGUUUUUAAGGUUUUGUUAUAUGGUUUUCGAUGUUAAGUUGUUUUAUUAGAUUGUAAAUAAAUGGAUCUGACGUA